AUGGGAAUCACCGAUUUCUUCUCGGACCUGAUGAGCUCAGUAUCGUUCGUGCAGGAAGCGCACGCCGAAGCUCCCGCGGACGAUGAGGAAGCCGAGGACGGCGGCGAGGAGUCGAAGGAAGACGGCGACGAGGACGGCGAAGCUGCUGAGGGCGAGGGAGACGACGAGGAAGGCGGUGAUGACGAUGACGAGGAAGAAGAAGAGGAGGAGGAGGAAGAGGAAGAGGAGCCCGUUGAUCCCAAGCCGAAGCUGGAAGAGGAUUGUGCCCGUUCCGCCCAGUGUUCCGGCUACAAGCACCACUACGAUGAGUGCGUCGAGCGAGUUACUGCUGCCAGCGAGGAUCCCGACCACAAGGGUCCCAAGGAAGACUGCGUUGAAGAAUUUUUCCACCUUCAACAUUGUGCUACACAGUGCGCCGCCGGCCAGCUGUUCAAGCAGCUCAAGUAG